AUGGGAGCUGCUGCAGGCAGCGGUCCGGAAGGCAGACACCAAGCAGCAGCAGCAACAGCAGCUCACAUUACAGCUUCUCCAGCUCUUCGUUACAGCGAGGUGCACUCUGCUCGGCAUCCACUGAGACCCUCGCGGGGUGCUGCUGUAGCUGCUGCCGUUGCUGCUGAUGCGGCUGGGCACAAGCAGGUUAAAAGGGCGAGCGAUUGCAUUCUGAAAGAGCUGGAGAGCAAGAAGCAAAAGAGGUGCCGUAACAGUGUUCAGGCACAGCAGCAGCCCCAACAACAGCCGCAAAACUCGCGUCUCACGCGCGUGAAGAGGGAGGUGCAGCAGCAACAGCAGCAUUCGCAGCAGCUUCAUGGCCAAAAGCACGAGACAACGGAGCAGCAGCAGACUUUGCAGAACCCGCGCAAGUUGACUCAAAAGCAGGUGCAGCAGAGGCAGCAUGCCCUCAUGGCAGCACAGGCAGCGUUGCGGCGGAAAAGGCAGUCGCCAGUUAAAGGGGAUUGCAGCAGGUCCAGUACCAUGCACAGCAGCAGCACUAAGACUACCAAGUUGUGGGAAGAACGAAUGGCGAAGCAUCGGGCAUAUAUGCUACAGUCGCUGAUGCCGUUUCCUUCCCCUUCUUCGCCAGAAAACUGCGAUAGUGACAGUGAAACCACAGCUCCAGCAACAGCAGCAGCGGCAGCGGCGGGGGGGGCGAAAGGCCGCAUCCGCAUGGGCCUGGAGGUGCUGAAUUGGACCCCACCAAGAACUCUCGAAGAGACACUGGGACCUACAGCGCGCCGUACGCGGCUGUCCGGUUGCUGGCCGCUGUACUUCUGUAGGCCAGAAGUGCGGCUGGCGUGUGUCGCGGAUGCUUGCCAUCCCAUCAGCAAGUUAACAUCGUUCACGGGAGAGCGUUUCACGAAACCUGGAGAGCGCAUAUGGGUGUUUGGGGCCCCCUACCCCGUCGCCGUCUGGACGGGGCCGCCAAUAAAAAAGGGCGAGUUACGAAUUCUCGGAAUUCGAACGGGAGAGUUUCUGACACCCGCCGAAGGGGCCGAAGCUGCCAAGGCGCUGCAGCCUACCGGCCAGUACGACUGCAUUCGGACAUGCGAUAUCUAUCCUGACGCUUCUACCGCGACUGGCCAGUGGAGGGAGAAGGUGAGGGGCGCCCUCCGCCUCUCGGGGGUUAGCUGGCACAGCAGGGAGGAUGAAUUUGCUGCCAAGCGUUUCUCCCGGGGGUGUAGCGAACUCGAAAGUGGCAUCGUUCCGUUUGUGGCCGUGCCCUUUAAGGGUCUGGAGUUCUCCUCUAUACGCAGGGCCUGCCCCCUCGCGUUCGUACAGCACACGGGCGAACGCUUGCGGGGUUGUGAGGCGCUGCGAGGCCCCUGGGUCAAGUGGCAUGGGCAGAGGCAGACGGUCUCGGUGCAUCAGGUGUUGCUGAACGGCUUUCCCCUCUACGUCUACACAAACAAUCCGCAGGUACCUAUCCCUCCAUACACUGAGGUGGUCCAUACCGGCGAUGAGCUGUGUCUAAACAUGCUACAGUUCCCUGGUUUUCUGACGGAUACAUUUUUGGCCACUUUAGGCCUCAUAAAGAGGCGCCGCGCUAAUGCAGAGAGCGUCCUAGAAAACUUCAGGCUACAGGGCUACACAUCUCCCAUGUGGCUCCAGCGCUCCCUGCUCCUGAGGUACCCCCUAAACUACGAAGAUAUCUGCUCCCGCGGCUCGCUGGAAACAGUGCGACUGCUGGAGCUGGUAUCAGCGCACAAUGCUGAAGGUCCUCGGAGUGUUGCCUUGUCUAGUCGAAUGGGUUUGAACAACGCAUCGUUGCCCCUCUGCAACUGCCUCGCCAGCGUAAAGCUACGAAAGGUGGCAUUGCGGCUGCUGCACCUGCCCGAGGCGUACGCUAAUCUGCCUCCGCAUGAGCUGGGGCCCUUGUUAGAAAGCCACUGGGUCGUGGUAGAGGGUGCACUCAAGGAGGAGGAAGGCUCUUCUGUCUUGCAGCGCCUUGUUCGAGCAAGGGACUGUUGCCGGCAGUGCUACAAAACGCAUCCCGUGGCACUGGCCUUCCCCAAUAUGGGGUGGCGCCACUCGCAAAAGGUGCAGAGCGACAGUUGCUGGCUGGACCACGUGGGCUCAGCACCAGCAGCAGAAUAA